CGGUUCUCUCAGGAGGAGCCCGGCUCGCUCAAACUGCCCGCAGUUGCAGAGCCUGCUGCCUUCCCCACUGACUAUGUCAUGUACCCGGCUCAUUUGUACAGUAGUCCAUGGUGUGACUAUGCCAGCUCUUGGACCGGCAGCCCCAAGCCUUGUGGCUACCCCUCGGUGGGCGGCGGCAGGGACACUCCACAGGCGGGGCGGGGCAACUGGGGCCUGCUAAGUGACUGUCCCCCUAACCCCGUAUCAAGCUCCCAGAACACCAGAGACCAGGAGACGACAGAGGAAGGCAUGUCCCAGAACUCUCGAUCAUUUCAUUUCUCCAGAAGCUCAGAAGGGGUGACGGAGAAAAGAGCACUCCAGGAGGAGAUGCCACCUAGUCCCUGCGGAGGCCGCACACCCAGCCCCCUGCCAAGGAGCCAUCGGGCGUCAGGCCUAGCAGAGGGGUUCAUCGAUACCCACUGUCACUUGGACAUGCUGUAUUCCAAGUUGGCUUUCAAGGGGUCCUUUACCAAGUUCAGAAAAAUUUAUAGCAGCUCCUUC